AGAGAGAGCACAACGAUGCCGUCCACGAUGCGUUGCGUAUGCAGACGGUCAUUCCGUGCGAUAAACGCGCGUUGGCUUCUUUCCGUUCUUAUUGUCUUUACCUGCCAAGCAACCAGCACCCUACGUAGUCGCGGAGCAACACCUGCCGCUACUUCUACAUGUAGUAGUGCCCGCAGCAGUUCCGCAGGCGCAACGUCUACAUGUCGUGCGUCGCGGUCCGCGUUUCUGCUAUCGGCGAGAUGCAGGACAACGUUUCGGAGCCAACCCCACCGGCGAGGCGUCCCAACCCGGCGUGGAACUCACCACCGAAGUCGCCGACAUUUUCCGCACCGCUAUACGGAACUACUACGGAUGGGGGCCAGAUCAGGCGACGGUAGUUACCGGGGGGGACCGGCAGGGCCCCGGCCGAAGAAAAGGCCAUUGGUGUUUCUGUGCCAGGCGAUGAACGACGCGAUCUUGGAGAUGUGCGUGGAAAACAAAGGGCGACCUCUGGCGAAAUCCAUGACGGAUUUCGUCGAGUUCAGUAUGGAGGGUCUGGCAUCAGGCUACUCGAAAGAACAGCUGCUGUUAGAGCUGCAGCUGCUGGACAGCACGACUCGAGUGCCAGGCCAGACUCUCACGGGUGUGGAGAAGCGCUAUCGCACGCAGUGGAUUUCGGCGUUGGACUUCGUGAUGCAGAACCUGAAGUUCAUCGACGAGCAGGAGCCGAAGUCGGUUGAGGAGUUCCACAUCAAGAGCCAGGUGGACGUGGUUAUGCGAGGGAGACAAACUAACGAUGAGCAGACUUUCGUCAAGUUCGACAAAGCGUUGGCUACGGGCGGGGUCGCUGGCGGCGUUGCCACCGAAUGCAUCGCGAUAUCGCCGCAAAUGGUGCCUUUGUCCCAGUUGGUGCUCUUGGGAAUCCGCGCACUUCAAAAAUUGGAGGAUGCGGCGGAGGCGUAGUUGAGAGUUCUCCCGACGUAUGCUUGACAACACAGAAGAGCGCACACUCUGUGACGUUAUUUGUGUACCUCUAAGGAGCCACUUGCGUGGAUAACGUAAUUCACUCGCAAAACGACGCACG